UCCAAGCCAUGGCGCCGUCCAAGUGCACGAUUGCCGCCAUCCUCCUCGUCUUCGCCGCCGUGGCAGCCAGCCUCGGCCCCUCGUCGGCGGCCAGGGUCCAGCUGCAAGCGGAAGAGGCUGCUCCGCAGCCGCCGUCCUUCUGGCGGCCCCGGAUACCGCUCCCGCAGAUCCCCUGCAUCCCCGGCCUGCCGCGUCCCCGGUUCCUGCCCCCCUGCGACGGCUCCGCCGGCGCGCCGCUGCCGCCACUGCCACCGGCACGAAGGGUACCGCUCCCGCCGAUCCCCUGCAUCCCGGGCCUGCCGCGUCCCCGGUUCCUGCCACCAUGCAACGACUCCGGCGCGCCGGCGGUGCCGCUACCACCGGCACGACGGCUGCCGCUCCCGCCGAUCCCCUGCAUCCCGGGCCUGCCGCGGCCCAGCUUCCUGCCACCCUGCGGCGGGUCCGCCGCGGCGCCGGCCCCGCCUUCGCCGCAGCCGGCGGAGUGCAGCACGUCCCUGUCGGGGCUGACGGCGUGCGCGGACUUCCUCAGCGCCAACGCCACCAGCUUCCUGGCGGCGCCCGCGGCGGCGUGCUGCGACGGGGUCAGGUCGCUGGUGAAGGACGCGCCCGUGUGCCUGUGCCACGUGAUGAGCGGCGACCUCGGCGAGCUCCUGCCGGCGCCCGGGCUCCGCCUGCGCGCCGUGGCGCUCCCCCGCGCGUGCGGCGUCGCGGUGCCCUUCGGCACGCUUCGCCAGUGCAUCAGGGGGCCUGUGCCGCCGAUGGACGCGCCAGCACCGCCGUCGUGA